AUGACUAAGAAGAGACUAGCAAUUAUCGGUGGUGGACCAGGUGGUCUAGCUGCUGCUCGUGUGUUUCUAGCUAAUGCACCAGGUGAAUUUGAUAUCGAUCUGUUUACUAACGACGUUAACGUUGGCGGGAUCUGGUAUUUCCCGCAUGGUGACAGUAGACCAAGCAGAGUCCUGUAUGACCAUCUGGAGACCAAUAUACCAAAGCAUGUGAUGCAAUACAAAGGUGUUCCAUUCGAGCCUCACUGGUUUAAAUAUCCAAGAAGACACGAAGUAUGGGUAUACUUGAAAAGAUACUACAAUCAAUUCAUCAGAGAUGUGGAUGACGUAAAAGUACAUCUAUCCAGCGAAAUUGUAAAUGUCAGUAAACAGGAUUCACAAUGGUCUCUUGAAGUAAUCGACCAUGCGAAUGAUGAUACUUACCGAGUGGAUGAGUUUGACUAUGUCAUUGCAGCUACUGGUCAUUUUUCAGCACCAAAGGUCCCAUCUGAUGUUGCAGGUUUGGAAGAAUGGUUUACUCAGAAGGAUGCGUUCCAUUCCAGAAACUUCUAUGAUGCUGAGUUUGCCAAGGGAAAACGUGUUGUUGUAGUAGGUGAUGGUAGUUCCGGUCAAGAUAUUGUGAACCAAACAGCGUCCGUGGCUGAAAAAGUGUAUCAAAGUGUUUCAUCUGGGAAAGAUGAUAAGAGAUACUACGAUGAGGAUCCUACCGUUGAAGUCGUAACCAAGAUCAAAAGUGUUGAUUGGAAAGAGAGAACUGUGACUCUUGUGGAUGGCACAGUAUUGACCAAGAUAGACAAACUGGUCUAUGCUACUGGGUUCCUUUACGAUCUAGGUAUCUUUGACUCUAAAUUGAAACAAGAUCUAUUGAAUACCAAUGACUCCUCAAAUAGUACUACUACUACUACUACUACUUCACAUGUGAAUAACUUAUGGGAGCAAAUCUUUUACACUAAGGAUAGUACUCUGGCAUUUUCCUUAUUACCUCAACUGGUUGUGCCAUUCCCAUUAGCUGAAUUACAAGCCAGUCUGAUCGUCAAGGCAUUCACAGGUAAAUUACAAGUUCCCGAACAAAGUAACUCUAUCUUCGACCGUUUGGACUCCGGACACAACAUACCUGCUGAUAAAGAGAUCCAAUACUACCAUGAAUUGCUAUCAGUCCUUGCAAGUGCCUCAGAUCCAAACAACCCAGAUGAAUUCCAACCUGAAACCUGGGACGAGGACUUAGUCAAGGAAAGAUCUAUCACUGCACAGGAGAAAUACGAAAGAAAUACCCAAUUGAACAGGUACUCGCAGGAGGCACGCUCAAAGGGCAACCAAUACGAACUGAUCCAGUUUGUCAAUGGUCCUCCUCCAAAGGGUGUAGAAGCAGCUUACCCAUGA